UCGAUAAUCUUUUGAUAGUGUUGGCUUACGUCUGUUGUUGUGCUCAGUGCGCAAAUGCGCGCCAUGAAUGGAAAGCUCGCGGGAUUGUCGCCGCAAAAGCUUCGUCAGCGCCCACACAAACAACCCACUGGGCGGAUGAGCCCAUCGAUUUUCACCAUUGAAGAAGCAAGAAAAAGAAGAAGAAGCAGAGGAAGAGGUAGAAGAAGAGCAGCAGCUGCACGAUUUGAAACAGUUUUAAAUGAUGAAAACGUACACAAAAUACGAGUAAAUUCGCUUAUAUUCGCCGCGUCAGUCAAUUCGCCGCAAGUAAUAACACACACGCACACACACACACUCGCAUACAGGCAGAGACAGGAAAAUUUUUGCCUCAUUUGUGGUCCUGUAAAAGACGACGACGACGUGUACAACACGGAGCGAAAGAAAAUUCUUACUGCGGAGUAUAAAAAGAAAACGGUGAACAACAAUUGAGAGAAAACACAUAUUGCCCCCUUCUCGAAUGUAACUGAAUGAAUAAUUGAAUAAAUUGCGACUCCGGGCGAGACGAAACGCGCGUUAAACUGAAUAAUUGAUUGAAUAAUCGUAAACAAGCAGCGCAAAUUUGCAAACAGCAGGUAGCAGGAAGCAGGAAGCAGAAAGCAGGACGAAGCCAACAGCGAGAGAGACUCCAACUCAGUGCCAAGGCUGAAACUUCUCCUGAGCUGCACGCCACAUAAUCAAAAACCAAUAACCAGCCCAAACGUCAGUGUAAAAAAAAAACAGAGAGAAACGAGCGAAAAAAGUAACUCAGAGUCACAUUAUCGAUUUGUGUAUAUGUGUGAAAAAUAACUGAAAAGCGCUUACACCCACACACACACUCACACAUAUUGGCAGCUAUAGGAAAAGCCCGCAUACGUCAACAAAAACAACAACAAAAACAACAGCAGCAGCAGAAGUUGGGCAAGAAUAGUAUAGAAGGAGCAGACAGGAGCACUUAAGGAAUUAUCCAGGAUCUAGUGUUUGUAUUCGGCGCAAUUCAAGCUUGAAGACAACAACAAAUACACACACAAAAGUACACAGUAGCUGCAACAACAACAACAGAGACGUAACAACCGUAACAACCUCAAGACUAAAGUCACACACAACAAUGGCUGGCGGUGGUGAUCCCAAGUGGCAAAAGGAUGCGGCCGAUCAGAACUUCGAUUACAUGUUCAAGCUUCUCAUCAUUGGCAACUCGAGCGUGGGCAAGACCAGUUUCCUCUUUCGCUACGCAGACGAUAGCUUCACAUCGGCCUUUGUCUCCACCGUGGGCAUUGACUUUAAGGUCAAAACCGUGUUUCGGCAUGACAAGCGUGUCAAGCUGCAAAUUUGGGAUACAGCUGGACAGGAGCGUUACCGCACCAUAACCACAGCCUACUACCGCGGCGCCAUGGGUUUCAUUCUGAUGUAUGAUGUCACCAACGAGGACAGCUUCAACUCUGUUCAAGACUGGGUGACACAAAUUAAAACGUAUUCGUGGGACAAUGCUCAGGUUAUAUUGGUGGGCAACAAAUGCGAUAUGGAGGAUCAGCGUGUGAUUAGCUUUGAGCGCGGACGCCAAUUGGCCGAUCAACUGGGCGUCGAGUUCUUUGAGACAUCGGCCAAAGAGAAUGUGAAUGUUAAGGCUGUCUUUGAGCGCUUGGUGGAUAUUAUAUGCGACAAGAUGUCCGAGAGCCUCGAUGCGGAUCCAACGUUAGUUGGUGGCUCACAGAAGGGACAACGUUUGACAGAUCAAACGCAGGGCACGCCUAAUGCCAAUUGUAAUUGUUAAACAGAGCUGACGUGUUAGACAACUAACUAGCCUAACUACACGCAGACACACAAAUCCACAUACACUCACACACACACAGUUACAAUUUGAAGUUAG